AUGUCGUCGUCACCCUCUGCUACCACCGUUGCUGCUGCUGCUGCUGCUGCUGCUGCUGCAGGCACCGGCACCGACGCCGGCGCCACCGAGCCGGUUACCACCGACCAGCCAGCCUCCCCGGCGCCUGGGAGUGCCACGCCGCCCUCCGAAAAUGUUGACCCCCUGGUGGCUCCAUAUGGUGUCGACCGUUUGGGGCGCCCCCGGCGGCGGCCUCCCAUCAUCACCUACGAGCAGAUGGCCAGCUACACGCCUGCCGAUCGGGAAGCCGCGCAUGCGCGCAGCAGCCUCCUGACGACCCUGAUGAAGCGCCAUGGCCGGUGUGCGGCUUGCCUAUGGCCGACACAGUGCAGUACCGAUGAGCCUGGGUCCUACCGGCCCCCCGGUUCGGACCCUUCGGUCCAGUGGACGGACCCCCUGACCAAGAUCCCGCUGUACCAGCCGUUCCCGCGGCCCGGCCUGCCGGAGCAGACUACCGGGCCGGUUCUUCGGGCCCCGGCCAAUGGGGCAUGCAAUUGCGCGUCCAUCGGCCCGGCCAUUUCGCAGCUGGGUGUUGGUCCGCAGGGCGACGGCAAGCACCGCAUCGCGUUGUACAUGCACUCCAAGGAGUGGUCGCGCUCCUCGAACACCGGCAAGAUCAUUGCCAACCUGUGCCCUGGGGCGCUUGUGGCCUGUCAUGCGGUUUCCCCUUCGGAGCGGCGCAUCUACCGUGCGACGAUGGCCGCCCUUCGGGCCGGUCGACAGCCGUUCAUCCUUUUCCCGACGCCGGAUUCCCAGCCACUGGAAGAUUUCCUUGCGGCGCACCCGGUCACGGCCCAGCCGCUGCCCCUGUCGGAUCCCACUGAGCUGGCCUUCGUGUCGGCAGGCUUCGACGAUGGUGGCGAGGCCGAUGAGGCCGGCGGCGUCCCCGGGGAGCCGGCCAUCAACCGCAUCCUCCGCGGCCUGGGGGAGUACCAGAGUUUCGAGCACUGUGCUGAUGCGGCCAUCCUGGAUCGUUGGUCAUGGCCGGAGGCCGACGUCCCAGUGCCGGUGACCGGCCCGGUUCGGGGCUAUUUCAUCAUCGUCAUUGACGGGACAUGGGGGCAGGCCAAGACCAUUCAACGCCAUCUGCCCCUGUGGAUCCCCCGAGUGCACAUCAGCCCGGACUCGCCGUCCCUCUUUGUCCUGCGCUCGCAAACGCAAAGUGACCGGAUUUCCACGAUCGAGGCCUUCGCAGCCAUGGCCCGCCAGUUGAUUAAUCAUCUGGAGUGCGAUCCGGCCACCGAGAGCGACAGCACGACGGCCGCGGCGGCCGGCGGCAUCCCCAAUACUCCCGGAGACCGAGUCAUGCGGCAUCUGCUGCGGACACUGACCAUCCACCAGGACACGGCGCUGGCUGGGCGCCUGACCGACAGGCACAUGUACGGUCCGAACAAGCCGGCCCGGCCGCCUAAGAAGCGCCCCUGCCCGUCGGAGGCCCAGGCAAAUGCCUCAGCUGCCAGCGACGAAGCUGCCCCCCUGGCGACGGUGCCUGAUGAGCCGGCCAUGUCUCUCGGCGAGGAGGCCGCCGGUGCCCCCGCGCGCAAGGUUCCCCACUGUGAGGAUGCCCCCUCGGGGACCACUCAGUGAGAGCGCAAGCCUCUGCUGGCAUGGCGGCUGAUGCCUACCAUGAUCGGCCAUCCUCCGUGCCCAUCAGUUUCUCCUCCCGUGCUUGUGUGUGUCUCCCUUUUCUCUGCCUCCUCGUCUCCAUUGGCAUGUCCGUGCGCCGAUGCGCGAAUAUGCCCUUCGCUAAUGUGCUCAAAAGGGCUUCUUCUCCACGGGACAUUCUCACAACUUCCCCCCUUCCAAAUAGAUCUCCCUUCCCC